CGCGAUACGCGUGUGCCUCUGUGCCUCGCCUUUUCAUCGCCGGCUGUGAUACGACUGUCUCUCCUAUUUCUUUCUCUCUUUUUAUCAUACGCGUUCGCUUUAUCAUUUAAUUUUUCAUUAUUUCAAUUAUAUAAAAAGGAGGAAGAGGAAGAAGAAGAAGAAGAAGAAGAAGAAGAAGAAGAAGAAGAAGAGGCAGAAGAAGACGUAGAAGAAGAAAAAGAAGAAGAAGAAGAAAAAAAUAAAAAAAGAAAGAAAGAAGUGGUAUACCUAAACAACUUCAAAAUAUCUACGAUCUUAAGAAGUGGAACACGAAGGAAGAAAGAUAAGAAGAACAAGAAGAAGAAGAAGAAGAAGAAAAAGAAAGGAAGAAAAAGAAAGGGAAGAGAAGAGAAAAAAGUGUGUUUCGAAAGAGUUGUUUCGUACGUUGAAAUAAAAGCGUGCUCGUGUUAAAGGUCACUGUCGAUGGAUAAUGCGGAAAACGAAGACGUAUGGGCCUUUACGACGAUAGUGAAAUUUAACUUUUAAAAUUCCUUUUUUUUUUUUUUUUCUUUUUUUCUUUUUCUUCCCCCGAAUAAAGUGAGGGGGGAGUGUGAAAACGGACGGACGAACGGACGGAGGAGUGAACAAACAGACGAACGAAUGACAGGGAGAGUGGGUGGGUGGGUGGUUCGGUAAGCAAGAAAGCAACGGAAAAAAAGAGAGAAAAAAAAAACAUACGAUAGUUUCCUUGAAGUUAUAUUGAUAAAGAUGGAUCUUAGUACGACGCCACGUAGGGCCACCGACGGACUCGGUGACCUUCAAAAGACAAGGGUCGCCAAAAGUGUCUUCAGUAUACGUAGCCUGGUUGACGUCGAGGAUGCUGAGUUUCCAGUGAACGAGGAAGAAAUUAUGAACGAUCAGUCGAGCGUACGAGGUGGCGGCGGUGGAGGCGGCGGCGGUGGCGGAGGAGGAGGAGGAGGAGGAGGAGGAGGAGGAGGAGGAGGUGGAGGAGGAGGAGGAGGUAGCGAGCAGACCGUCCCUCAGACGAGUCCUGCUAGUAGCACGAGUAGCUCGAGCCAGGUGAAUCAGGUGAGCCAGCAGGUGAGCCAACAAACUCACCAGCAGUCUCGCCAACAACAACAACAACAACAACAGGCAACGCCGACACCACCGAUACCAUUAACCACCACCGUAUCGUCAACCGCGUUACUGUUAUUAUCUACAAGAGCAUCACCGGCAUCGCCAAUAACGACAAUAAUAGCAGCGACCACGACAACGUCGGCGACGACAACGACAACGACAACAACAACAACAACAGCAGCAGCACCAGCAACAGGAGCAACAACAGCGGCAGCGGCAGUAGCAGCAGCGGCAGCGGCGGCUGCGGCGGCAGCAGCAGCAGCAGCAGCAGCUACGACGACGACUCCUCAAUCCACGCAGAUGGGAAUCUCAACGGAAGAGGUUAGGCCCGAGGAAGAGGGCAGCCACCCGAGGGCAGCUCCAACGAGCCCUGAAAGCGAGGCCGAGGUCGACGACUUUGCACCUAAGAGGAAGCAACGACGUUACAGGACGACCUUCACUAGCUUCCAGUUGGAAGAACUCGAGAAGGCAUUCUCGAGGACUCAUUAUCCUGACGUUUUCACCAGAGAAGAACUCGCUAUGAAGAUCGGCCUGACAGAAGCAAGGAUACAGGUUUGGUUUCAAAAUCGUCGAGCAAAAUGGCGAAAACAGGAAAAAGUUGGUCCACAAGCACAUCCGUAUAAUCCUUAUCUUGGAUCGGGAGCACCCCCGCCGUCCGCUGUCGUGGCACCAACAUUACCGAAUCCGUUUGCCCAUUUGGGUAGCUUUGCUCUUCGUAAACCGUUUGAUGCUUUUCGUUAUCCACCUUUGGGCCAUGGACCUGUCCUUCCUGGAGCAUAUACUACUCAUCCUUAUCAUCGAGCUCCACCUCCAUUGUUACCACCGGGCAUGCCAUUACCAUAUACGUCUGCGGCAUCGUUUCAAAGCCUAUUGGCAAAUAUAUCUGCCGCACAAAGGCCUAAACUCGUUCGGGGCUCUACACCACCACCACCGGCACCACCACCACCUCAACCAGCACCGCCGAUAACUAUGUCUCAUCCAUCGGUGGUUCCUCAAGCACCGCCUACAGCUAGCUCGCCACAAAGUUCACCGACUGGUAGCGUUGGUUUACCGGACAUCGAUAGGAGAACCAACAGCAUUGCGUCUCUAAGAUUGAAAGCACGAGAAUACGAGCUCCAUCUUGAAAUGCUCAGGAAAAAUGGUGAUCUCAUUAGCUGAAGAUGGUGCCUUUAUAAUAUUUACUUGUUCAACGACGACGAUGACGACGAUGACAACGUUAAACGAUCGACGUGUGCCUCGAUAAUAAUAUUAAUCAAGGGGAAUCGAUGACGAUUAUAGUCACGAGUUAAAUAAUAAUAAUUUAGUGACAAUGACGACGCGAGGUAGGAACGAUAAAACAUCGAGAGUGUCUACCGUACCCGGUAGAGAAAAUAAAUUAAUAAAUAAAUAAAUAAAUAAAUAAAUAAAUAAAUAUAUAUAUAUAUAUAAACUGAAGAUGUUAAUGUCGUUCGACGAUACGAUAUAAUGAGGAGUUCUCUUUUGUACGAAUUUUUUGAUCGGUUAUAUAACAUUUUCCCCGAUAACAACGACUCAAACACCGUACGAUAUUUCUCAUCGAACGAUUUCGAUGAUUUUCGAUGUUCCUAAAAAAAAGUAACAUCUAAACAAAAGUAACAUUGUAUUUACAUACGUCGUUUAAAUUAAAUCACAAAAAUUUUCAUUGGUUAAUACAUUGUUGCUUUAGACUUUGCAAAACUGCUCAGAAACUCGUUCGAUAUAUCAAAAGAGAUUCAUAUAUUAAAUCUCGUGAUGAGAAUCGUUCAUUCUUCUUUUAAACGUAAUUUAAGAGUAUCUUUAUACCAUUGCCUGAGGAUUACCGAAUGUCGUUCGAAGAUAACCAAGGAUGGUACAUUUCUUUUUUUUUUUUUUUUUUAAUUU